AUGGUGAAGCCAUUUCAUUUGCUUUUCACUGGAAGUCUGGUUGGUUUAUCCGCCAUUUCAGGCUUGUUGUUGCUGUUGUACCACUGUGCACCUGUCCUGUACUACCUGUGCACAGGGAUACUGCUAGGUUCAGUGGGAUACUGUCUGGUUCUGUACUUGGCGCCGAAGAGCCGGGUGAAUGGGAACGGCAAAGCUGUCUUCAUUACAGGCUGUGACAGUGGUUUUGGAUUUGGUCUUGCCAAACGCCUGGACUCGCUGGGGUUCACGGUGUUUGCCGGCUGUCUGCUGGCAGACAGUGGUGGGGAGGGGGAGAAGAAACUCCGGGCGGAGUGCUCGAGCAGGCUGAGUACUGUUCAGAUAGACGUGACUGAUGAUGGACAGGUGAAGGCCGCUGUACAACAGGUCAAAAACAGUCUACCGACUGAGUCUGAAGGUCUCUACGCACUGGUGAACAAUGCUGGAGUCUGGCAGCCGGGAGAGAUAGAGUGGGUCAGCAUCGCCGCCUACCGACGUGUGAUGGAAGUGAACACCUUCGGUACAUUGCGGGUCACCAAGGCUUUCUUGCCUCUGAUUCGUAGGGCGAAAGGACGAGUCGUCAACGUCACUAGCGCGGAGGGGCUUCACUCAACUCCGACUGUUUCUGCUUACUGCAUGACCAAGGCGGCCUUGGAAUCUUUUUCGGACGCACUCAGACACGAGAUGCACAAAUGGGGCGUCAAAGUCAUCAUCGUGGAGCCUGGCAGCUUUGGGCCGGCCACAAACAUCGCAUUGCCAGGGGUCUAUCAGGUACAGGGAGGAAAUUUGCGGAACAGCAUUGAAGAGGUCGUGAAGAAGGAUUAUGGGAUGGAGUACUUCGACUUCAAGAAGGCAGAAUUAAGAACCUUGGAUGACGAAGGCGCGACAGAUCCUAGCCCUGUUAUAGAUGUUCUGGCGGACGCCGUCACCUUGACCACCCCGUCCCAUCGCUACUUGGUCGGGUCGAGUUUUGAGGACUACGUGACUUGGAUGUGGCUGGGGCACUUCCCCACCCGGUGGACUGAUUCUACAGAAGGAAAUGACAAGGAAGGAGACCCUAAACCAGCAAUGUUACCUAAAACUAACUAG